AUUUGAUUCACCGAAAAAUCAUGUGAAUGUAUCUGUAUUUAAAGUAUGCUCGGAGGAAAAAGUGAAGGGAAAGAUCGCUUGACGAAAGUUGGUUUUGUAGGUUUUGGAUCCUCUGCAAUCAGCAGUCUGUGCAAGCCAUGAUUUUGUUUCUGCCUGUCUGCUUCAGCUUCUCUGCCUUUUACUCUAACCCGUAAUGCUUUACAGUUUCUAAAAGUUGGAGGUAGCUGCAUUUUGAUAUUUGAUUUCCUAUUUUACGGUAAAUUUCGAUGAUAAAUUUUUUAGAAAGGGAAGUUCGUUGAAGUAUUGAGAACAAGAUAAUGGGGCGUAGUGUUUCGGAGGAUUCAGAAUCUCCAGUUAGGGGUCGACGGUCUCCUCAUCGAAGGAGUCCAACUAGGAGUAGUCCAUCUCGGGGAGAGAGAUCGCCUGUGCAUCAUCGAAGUUCUUACAGGGGCCGGUCUCCAGAAAGAGAGAAACAUUCUGGCCGUGGUAAAUCUCCGAAGCGAGUGAGUCCACAGUCUCGCAGUUCUCGUUCUCCUUCUCCUCGGACAAAGCGCUUGAGGAGAGCCCAAGCUGAGAGGGAGACUGAGAAAGUGAAGGAGAGAGAACAUGAAAGGAGCAAUGGUAAGGGAAGUGAAAAAAGUACUCGUAGGGAAAAAGAAAGAGAAAGAGAGAAGGAUAGGGAAAGGGAAAGGGAAAGGGAAAAGGGAAGAGAAAGGGAAAAGGAAAAAGAGAAAGGGAAGGAUAGGGAAAGGGGUUCUAACAAUGAAAUUGGAAAUGAGAGGAAGGAAAGAAGGUCGGAAAGAGACGAGAAACGGUCAGGAAGAGAUAACAGUGACAACAGAUCUUCUAGAGGAAGACGUGAUCGAUCUACUUCUCCUUCUGAUCGCCACCAAAGGAAUAAGCAUAGAUCUAAUUCGCCCACAGCAGCAGCUGGAACUAGAGCACACGAUGAGGGGACGAAAUCGAGAGGAGAUGAAGGGAGGAAUGAUGAAAAUGAUUCACUGUGUAAGAUGAAGGCAACUGAGGAGGCCUUGGAAGCAAAGCAAAAGGUGGAUAAACCUUCAUUUGAGCUAUCCGGAAAACUUGCAGCAGAAACCAACAGAGUCAGAGGUGUGACACUGCUGUUCUCUGAACCCCCGGAUGCUCGGAAACCUGAUGUCAGAUGGCGGCUUUACGUGUUCAAGGCUGGUGAAGUAUUGAAUGAGCCACUUUACAUACAUCGUCAAAGCUGUUACCUCUUUGGAAGGGAGAGAAGAGUAGCGGACGUUCCUACAGACCAUCCAUCUUGCAGCAAACAGCAUGCUGUCAUCCAAUUCCGGCAAGUUGAAAAGGAGCAACCUGAUGGUACCUUAUCCAAGCAACCGAGAAUACGUGUUACUGCACGAGAACUCUGCUGCUUAGGAGUCAUAAACAAGCAGGGAUAUGAAAUUUUCCGGGAGUUGAGGCAAGGGAGGAGAUUUUGCUUAUCCAUAAUGUUGGUUUUAGAACCUGGAAGACAUUUUUGUAGUAUCCAUGUUGCUUAUUUGUUUCACAUGAGAUGGUACACUGCUCUGGUUUUUAAAGCAAUCUUGUUCAUUUCUUUUGGUGAUUCACCUACAUAUUAUAUGCGUUCAAUAUAUUUUUUUCAGUGAAAA